AUGAGUGGAAAGAAUUUAAUCUCCCUGGAAGAAGGAUGGGACCAAGAAAUUAAACCCAAAGCGAUUGACGUGUUAUUAGGUAUUUUAGACAAAGGAUUUGAUCAAAUUCAAGUCUCCCCCUUUCCACCAAAUGCUUUUAUGCCCAUUUAUACAACAUGUUACAAUAUGUGCACCCAACGAUCACCUUAUAAUUUUUCAGAGCAACUUUAUGAUCGUCAUGGUCAAACAUUUGAUACCUAUUUGGAACAAAAGGUGUUGCCCACAUUGGAAUCAAGCUCACGAUGA